AAAGGAUAUUUGCCAUACGCUAUGAAACGCCAAGGAAGACAAACAGCCGGCGGUGUCACUCAACACCUUGGCCGUAGAAUCACGGCAUACUCUCAGCUGGAGCGUUCACUUAGCUAACAAUUAUGUUUUGUGGACAAGCUCUCAAGUGAAGAUUCUGUUCAGGAAUCAUGGAGGAUGAUGACAGCGCAGACGAGCUGAUAAAACGCAGCACUCACAGAAAAAGAACUGCACCAUGGGAUGUCUCAGACUCUGAUGAUGAAGUUGACGAUUCUGAAGAGGGAGAAUCGGACAGCGAUGAAGAGGAGGGUGAUGUGGAAGGAGAGGAGAAUGAAGAGGAAGACGAUGAGGAAGAUGAAGAGGAGGAGGAUGCUGUUCUAACUGAGGAUGGAGUUUUUGGCGAGACCUCUACUGCCACCGCGGUCAUUAGCUCAGACGAAGAUGCAGAUAAGUGUCCAAUCUGCCUCAACAGUUUUAGCAACCAGCCUGUGGCAACGCCAGAGAACUGUGAGCACUACUUUUGCCUGGACUGCAUCCUUGCCUGGGCCAAGAAUGCGAAUUCAUGCCCUGUGGACCGUAUUGCAUUCAACAGCAUAUACCUAAGGAAAUCUUAUGGUGGUAAAGUACAGAAAAUAAUUACAGUUCAAAAGCCAGUGAAGGAAGAUGAAGAGGUGACUGUGGGUUUGGACUUGGAACAAACCAACUGUGAGGUGUGUGGGGGCAGUGAUCGAGAGGACCGUCUUCUUCUCUGUGAUGGCUGUGACGCUGGCUACCACAUGGAAUGCCUCACACCACCUCUAGAUAGUGUCCCUGUGGAGGAAUGGUUCUGUCCUGAAUGUGUUGCUAAUAAUAAUAACUCAGGAUCGGAAGAAGAACUAAAUCGAACCCAAACCGUCCCCUCUACUGCCCAGCCAACCACCAGUCGCUCUCAGUCGAGAGCUGCAGGUCCAACGCGAGCCAUCGCCCGCACUCAGCACAGUGAGCGGGUUCGGGCAAAUGUGAAUCGACAUCGUAUCACACAGGCACGCACGUCGCAGCAUGCUCCAACAAACCUGAUCCAGUCAACUUGGCUGGAUGAGACCAUCAAUGCAGUGGUAGCUGGGCUGAACACCGCUAUUUACGUAAGGGACCUUACACCUCGUGCUCCAACCAGGCGCAGGCGCACGACUGGAACACGGCGAAAGGUUACAAAAAAGAAGCCGCUCUCUGUUAAGGGUAAAAAAGGCCGCUCAACAAAACGUAGGAGGAAACGUAAAGGGAAGAGUUCUAAAUCCAAAAGAACACUGGUGGGGAAAAAGGUAGCGACUCCUCGAAGCCGCAUUGCCAAUAGUCUCGGACUUUCAAAGGACAAGAACAACUGUUCACUUCCUACAGUGUGUCGCCCCUCAGAGCACACGCUAAGCAGCAUGCGAGCAGACAUAGGAGCUGCAUCCCUUUCAAUUUAUGGGGACCCUUCUGACCUGGAUCCUUUCAUAGAUCGAGAACAGGAUGAGCAAGAAGACAUUGUUACAUCAUUGCUCCUGGCAAAGAGGCGAGGGAUCUCUCAUUCUGCUUUUCGCUCUCACCAGCCUGUUGCUCGACCUGUCAGUACAGGCAUGUCAAGGCGCGCUAUGGAUGUUUCCCAAACUAGAGGCGUCGUGGAGGCAGCGCCAGUUCCUGACCUGCUGGGGAGCAUUCUUUCAGGGCAAAGCAUGCUCUUGAUGGAUAGCUCGGAUGUUGUCAUUAAUCGUGAUGGUUCUCUUAAAGCCUCUCAAACAGCAAGUUCGUCAACAUUGAAGCCAGGUUCACGAAAGUGCAGUUACUCAGAAGAAUCAAAUGUUCCGGCACUGACAGCAAUUUCACCCAUCCUAGAAGAAUCUUCUUCGUCCAAUCACCACAACAGACACCUACCAGGCUCCUUUCACAGCGACUUGAACAUACCUUUCUCCCAGGACUCCUCUCGAGUACCCUCUGAUCACCAUAGUCAUCCUUCACACUCUCCUGAUUUGUCACCUCGAGGUUUUCAGCCACCUCUGAAAAACAGACCUCCGCCAAUGUUUGGUCCCUCCCUAGAAAGUGCCCACACCUCAUAUAAGAACUCUGACCCGAGCCACUUUCGUAAAACAGGCCUUCCAUCGCAAUCACAGCCUACCAAAACACCUAUAAAACCUACAUGGGUAGACGUGGACAUCCUCCCAAAGAUACCAAAAAUAAAACGUGAUGCUGCAAAUGAUGGUAAAAGUGGCACUUCUAGUAAUUCUUCCGCCCGUAAUAAUACCAAUUCUAACAUACCUUUGAUGAACUUUGCUGGUGACAAAAAUGGCCAGCAACGUAUUCCGCAACCAAGCAACACUGACCGGCGGCCUCACAGUCAAGCAGCCGGCUCCUCUCAAGCCUUCUCCAACUCAUUCUCCUUUUCCUCCUUCACUGUCCCUCCUUCUACGCCACCGUGCAAUACCUCAGUAUCUUCCUCAUCGUCAUCAUCCAUAAGCUUCCGCAUUAAUCCUAGCGGGAACUCAUGGCAUUCACGAAGGCUCAGUCUCCCAACCUCUCCUGCUAGCGGAAGCAGCACACUCGAUGAUAGGCGAAAGAAGAUGGAUGCGGCAAAAAAGAGACAAGAGCACUUGGAUAGACAAAAGGUUUUGGCAUCUCGCACAGCCACUGGGGAUGAACAAAACUUGAAUAAUGUCUAUGACCCCUCUAAUCCAACGAUGUCAGACUCGAGCAGCUCAGAUGGUGAAGGUGAGAACAUUAACAGCAGCGCUCGUCAACUGAAUUCAGUUCCUAAUUUGGCCUUCAGGCAAUUUUUAGAACAAAGUAAACAACCAGGUCAAGUGAAAACUGAAACGCAUGAGAGUGAAGACUCACAAGAAUUGCCAAGGAGUGACCCUGUACAGACUCCAUCACGGAUGGUCAGUUGCGCUUCAGGAGUUGUCAGAGUUAGAAUUGAAUCGACCAUGGAAAGAAAGAUUGAAAACCAGGCAGCAGUGAGUGGUAUUAAGGUAAAGACUGAGUCAGGACUUUCUGAUUCAGGAAAAGACGAUAUGUUUGAAAAAUGUGUAAAAAGCUAUUCUGGUUUGGAGGCACCAGUGACAUUUUCACCUGUUCAACACAGCCUGGACCAUUUACAGACAAAGGACGAAAGUGGCAUUAGUUGCAAAAUAGUCCCCCCUAACAAAGAGAUUGAUUCUUCUGGCUGUACCCCAUCUUUUGUUAAGCUGAAAGUAAAGGAAGAAAUAAAAUCAGAUUCAACAUCUCCUCCAAAAGAUUUGGUCCACAAAAACAAAACUUUUACCAAUACAGUUUCAGCAAAAGAACAACACUCUAAUUCAAGCAGUGCAGAAUCUGACAAAGGCAAGACGAAGGACCGACUUGUCGCGAACCAAGAAGAACGGCAGAAGAAAACUGCUAAAGACAGAGAAAGGCGGUCGAGAGAGAGAAAGACUCGUUCAUCGUCAGAUAGUUCUCAAUCAAGUUCUCCUAAGAGAUCUUCCAAAAACAGAAGGCAGAGAUCAAGUUCUGACUCCAGGUCAAGCAGCAGAGAACGUUCAAGAUGGAAAAAACAUGAACAAAAGAGACAGGAACGAACUGAUGAUGGCGAAAGGGGCCGAAACAGAAAGGUGUCAAAUGAUAGGACAUUUGGUCAUUCUUGGUCCAGAUCGCAACCCGGGGGUAGAUCCAAGGACCAUAGACGUAGAUACUCACGCUCUAAGUCCCCGUCAACAUCACCAUACAGGUCCAGAUCCAAGGAAAGAAGGCGAGAGCAUCCGCCGUCUCAUCGUGAAGACACGAGGCCUCGACUUAAAGACAAAAAGCGACCCAGGUCUAGAUCGAGUUCAAGAGAGAGAAGGAAAAUAGAUGCUUCAUCCAAACGUUUGCCAGAAAAUCCAGUGCCUGAUUUCUCCUCUUCAAAAUAUAACAAAGACACCAAAAAUGAGAGCAAAGAGGAAAAAAUUCCUAAAGUAAAAAACGAUUCUACCUUUCCUGCAAAAACUAAAAAGGAACAUGACAGUGGAGUCACUGUGAUCACAGCUACUGAAAUUGGGAAAGAAGUAAAACAUUUGAAAAUGGUCAAGAAAAAAGAUCAGCAAUCCAUAGAUAUGUUUCGACAAUCUCCCAUCACCACACAUGGUGGGAACGAAGAUUCAUUUUCGACCAGCCAAGAAAUAAAAAAAGAUCCCAAUGAGAGAGAAGUGUGCAAAUCGAUCAAAACUGAAGAUAUUUAUGAAAUCACCCAAAUAGAAGUAGAGCCCAUUUCCUCAGAAUUGCCAGUCACCUUGCCUUAUACCUUAGACAGUCACCAGGAGGAGGUUAAGGUCCCUGCAGAAGAGGCAGGCACAAUUGAAUGCAAAGCCUCCUUGAAGCAGCCCCCGGAGUCUGAUGAGGACAAUUCUGUGGAUAUGUUGCUUGAUAACAUUGACUUUGUGAAGCCAGACCACACCGAGGAUGUAAAUGCCAAUGUCAAGAAGGAAGACACUGGACAGGAAGCAAAGACUGAGGCAGAACAGGUCCCGGCUGCAUGCAAAGGUAAAAUUCAAGCGAAGAGAGUGACAUGGAAUAUACAAGAGCCUGAUGUAGAGCAACCAAACAAGUCUGAGAGCAAGCUGGCAUUGUAUAAAAAAAAGCAUAAGCAAGAGGCAGCCUCCAGACCUGUAUCCAUUACCACGACUCAGGACACAAGUGGACCUGACUCAGUCAGUGAUUUGUCCAAGAGAGAUGAUGCCGCACAGCCAACGAGCAGUGGCUGUCAGACGUAUUUGAAGAAGCUUCACAUGCAAGAGAGAGCCAUCGAGGAGGUUAAACUAGCCAUCAAACCUUUUUACCAGAAGAGAGAGAUCAACAAGGAGGAAUAUAAAGAGAUUCUACGCAAAGCUGUGCAGAAGGUAUGCCACAGCAAAAGUGGGGAAAUUAACCCAGUAAAGGUAGGCAAUCUAGUCAAGGCUUAUGUGGAGAAAUACAAACAUGCUCGGAAACGCUACAAAUCUGAGACUGAGCCAGUGAAGACAUCUGGAGGCCACUGAUCCAAGCUUCAUCACCAAUUAUUCACAAUUUUUACAGGAGAACAAUUUACAGUAAGAUUUUAUUUCUUCAUCAUAGUGGACAAGCGUACAUUUUGGUAUUUUGCUCAGAUGCCAGUUAAACCUUUAAGAGACGGUUCUGUAAGAUACAUCUGCUCACUGAUUCUCUGCAUUCAUGUAAAAGUGAAGAUUCGGUAGUUGCAAGUUUUUGUCAAUAUUAUAUUCAAAAGUGGCCACAGCUACUUUUUUUUUUGGUUCACGGGUAGUUUUUACAUCACUGUUUAAAAUGUGUUAUUAAGUAUUUGGAUGAAAUGUCAAUAGUCUUAUUAGCAAGGAAAGAAUGAAAGUUGUAAAUAAUUUUUGAUUUAUUUUGUUCACCCAAGUGUUGAUUUCCAGAAAUACUGCCUGUUAUCGUCUCAAUUUAAUAAAUGUAUUAAGUUUGUUUUGUUAUAUAAA